GCCGUUGCAUGUGAUUUCCUAAUCCUGCGAUGGCUUAUUCGCGGGUUGCCCGUUGGGGGAUAACUGAAGUUUGAGUUGCUUGCGCUGGGGGAUUCGAUUGGCCAUGAGCAGUGUGUUUCAUGCAGGAGGGUACAUAAGCCAAUGAUCGGAAAUCGUCGAGCCCGCCCUUGGCGCUUCUUCCGUUUUUGGAAGCUCAACACCACAAUCCUCCCGAUCUCAGUGCUGUGUCAGCCGAGGAGGUUGAGUUGGGUUGAGCUAAGCCUAAAGCCAGUCGGUGAGGAGCCCACCGAUAAUAGCCUUACUCAGCCUGAAGCCGAUUCCUUUAUUCCUUAAUACGUCACUCCGAUUUUGAUCAUCAGCUUCUUCGCCAGUCAGCCAAGCCAGCCCUCUUGCGUAUCUGUUGACCACAUGUAAUUGGCUCGGGAGCCUGCUGAUCCUAACUCCUCCCCUUCCCUUGCCCUGCCCAGCUCGUCUGAUCGAUUUCACACAGCGGUUUAUAGAUAUCCGCACUUUCACAUCCUCGCGCCGAUCCUUCCCUUCCCUCCCAACUCCAAACGGUCCAACUCAAUCAAACCAACAGCGUUAUCAGCCAAAGGGUUUUGUCCCUCCUCAGUCUCAAGAAGAAGUCCAACUAUUUGCGUAGCAGGAGACACUCGGUAUGAAGCAAGUCAUCGACUCGGUCAUUGGUACUGGUGGUCCGAAUCCGCCCCGGCGGGAUGAGAAGUCGGCUGACCAACAGUACUCGGAAAAGUCUGGGGCCUAUCAAGCUAGCAAUCAUCAAAAUCUGAUUCCGGGAAAAUUCAAUCCCGACGCAGAUCCACAUACCCACUAUGAAUUCGGUGGGCCAUGGGGUUCAUUGGGUCUCAUGAUCCUGUUCCCCUGUCUGAUGUAUUACUUUUUCAUCUGUUUAUGGUGCUACGAUGGGAAACUUUCAAGACCUGAUUCUCUUCAUCCUACUGAGAUCAUUCGAUGGUCGAGUGAAUUUUGGCAAUUAAUCAAACUGCACACCCGACCCACAUGGAGCGCGACAUAUCUUUACAUGGGCUUGUUGAUCCACCAAGUGGCUCUGGCUUGGUAUAUGCCCGGCGUUCCGCAAGAAGGCUUGCCCAUUCCAUCGUUGAAUGGCGGCAAAUUGUCCUACUACUGCAAUGCGCUGUGCUCUUGGUACGCUACACUUGCGACCGUCUUCGUCCUACAUUCCGUUCUACGAGUCGUUCGAUUGGGUGAUGUGUUUGAUCAGCUGGGUCACUUGAUGACAAUUGCCACUAUCUUUGGCUUUGCGAUUUCCCUGUUCUAUUACGUCCUACCUAUUCUUCAAGGUCAGGCUGUCAGGAUGAGUGGUAAUCAUAUUUAUGAUUUCUUUAUGGGGGCUGCCUUGAGUCCAAAGAUCGGGCACAUUGAUGUCAAAUUAUUUGCGGAGGUGCGGAUUCCAUGGGUCCUGUUAUUCAUCAUUGCGGUUGCAGGUAGUGUCAAGCAGUAUGAAACGAUUGGUUACGUGACACCAAAUUCCCUCUUCAUGGUAUAUGGAACUGGUCUUUAUAUCAAUGCCUGUGCUAAAGGCGAGGAGUGCAUUCCAUUGACCUGGGACAUGGCUUACGAAAAGUGGGGUUGGCUGUUAAGUUUUUGGAAUUUUGCAGGUGUUGCCUUUACAUACUGUCAUUCGGUAAUCUACAUUACAAAUCAACCACCAUCAAAAUAUCACUUUUCAACUUGGUCCUACGUCGCAUUAUACUUGACUUACACGGCAGCUUACUACGUUUUCGAUACUUCAAAUAGCCAGAAGGCCAGGUUCAAAAUGGAAAAUGAUUCAAAAUCUCAGAUCACCAGCAGAAUCUAUGGUUUUCCUCAAUUGUCUUAUGGCACAUUAAAGAACCCAAAGGUUUUGGUAGUUGGAAAUGGUGAUCGCAAACUGCUCAUUGAUGGUUGGUGGGCCGUAUGUCGUCAUCCUAAUUAUACCGCAGAUUUCAUCCAAGCACUCUGUUGGGCAGCCUGCUCUGGAACUGGAAGUUUGAUUCCAUACUUUUAUCCAGCUUUCUUUCUUGUCAUGAUUCUACAUCGAUGCACAAGGAAUUUUGAAAGGUGUUCUAAGAAAUAUGGGAAAUCUUGGGAUGAGUACUGUAGUCUUGUCCCCUACAGUUUUAUUCCAGGGGUUAUCUAGGUGUUUAUUGUAUUCACUCUCCAGUGGAUUUCGUGCUGUAACAAUAUGCAUCAAUAUUGUACUGUCUAAAUUAAUUGUUGUCCCAUUAAUAAAAGAUUUAUUUUUAAUCAAUAGAUAUUAACAACCUUAUGUACAAUUAUUUCAUUCUCAGCUUGGCUUUUCUUUCAGGUCUUGCCAUUGUUAAUCAACAAGUUCAUUGUUGGGUAGCUGGUCUUGAAUUCCAUUUUUGGAUGGUUAGACAAUCUUGAUCAAGUUGUCAAAUAGAGUACCAGCAACACUUUGAGCCUCAGAU